GCCGCGCUCUCUGUUGUUGUUUUGUCGGCAUGCUCCCUUAAUACAAACACUUAGAAACGUUUCUUUUAAGAGAAAAAUACAGUUUCUUAAUCAGUUCAGUAAAUAGGUGUACCUGUAAUAUUUUCAUCUUCACAGUAGUCGAAGUUUUGAAACAUGCAGGAAUAUCUGGAGGAGUAUCAGCUGAACUGAGAUCUGCUGCUGUGAAAAUUAUGUUUGUUAAAGAGGAGAGUGAACACGAGGAACCAGAAACCUGGAGAAUAAAACACGAGGAACAAGAAACAUGGGGAAUAAAAUAUGAGGAACAAGAAAAAUGCGGAAUAAAACACGAGGAACCAGAAACCUGGAGAAUAAAUCAAGAGGAACCAGAAACCUGGAUAAUAAAACAUGAGGAACUAGAUACCUGGAGAAUAAAACACGAGGAACCAGAAACCUGCAGAAUAAAACACGAGGAACCAGAAACCUGGAUAAUAGAACAUGAGGAACCAGAAACCUGCAAAAUAAAACACGAGGAACCAGAAACCUGGAUAAUAGAACACGAGGAACCAGAAACCUGGAGAAUAAAACACGAGGAACCAGAAACCUGGAGAAUAAAACAAGAGGAACCAGAAACCUGGAGAAUAAAACAAGAGGAACCAGAAACCUGGAGAAUAAAACACGAGGAACCAGAAACCGUGAGAAUAAAACACGAGGAACCAGAAUCCUGCAGAGUAAAACACGAGGAACCAGAAAACGGGAGAAUAAAACACGAGGAACCAGAAAGAGAGUUAAUUGAAGAAAAAGAGGAGAAUGAAGAAUCAAGUGAAGUUGAGGAGAAAAAUCACGUCAAAACUGGAGGAAAACCUUUGGGUUUCUCUCAAAGCAAACAGAAAGAUUUAAAGAAAAAAAGAGCAAAGAAGUCCUUCCGCUGCACUCAGUGUGGAAAGAGAUUCACAGACAAAACAGGUUUUGAGCAUCACAUGAGAAUUCAUACUGGAGAGAAACCAUUCACUUGUGAUCAGUGUGGGAAGAGUUUCACACAAUCAUCAAACCUUAAUAUACACAUGAACAUCCACACUGCAGACAAGAAGCAUGCAUGUGAUCAAUGCGGUAAAAUGUUUUUAUGGGUUUCACUUCUGAAGAAACACUUGAAAGUUCAUGCAAAGGAGAAACCACAUCCAUGUUAUUUGUGUAGUAAGAGUUUUUUGCCUCUACAAAGUUUGAAAGUACAUCAGAAAAUACAUACUGGUGAAAGAGUAUAUAUAAAAAGAAAUGAAAGGUUCCACACUGGAAAGAAACCUUAUAAGUGUUCACACUGUGACAAGAGAUUCAGUGAUAAAUCAAAUCUGAAAACACAUGAGAGGAUUCACACUGGAGAGAAACCUUAUAAGUGUUCACACUGUGACAAGAGAUUCAAUUAUUCAUCAUAUCUGAAAACGCAUGAGAGGAUUCACACUGGAGAGAAACCUUAUAAGUGUUCACACUGUGACAAGAGAUUCAAUUAUUCAUCAUAUUUGAAAACACAUGAGAGCAUUCACACUGCAGAGAAACCUUACAAGUGUUCAAACUGUUACAAGAGAUUCAGUCAUCCAUCACAUCUGAAAGCACAUGAGAGGAUUCACACUGGAGAGAAACCUUACAAGUGUUCACAUUGUGACAAGAGAUUCAGUAAAUUAUCAGGUCAGAAAAUACAUGAGAGGAUUCACACCGGAGAGAAACCAUAUAAGUGUGCACACUGUGACAAGAGAUUCAGUGAUUCAUCAUCUCUGAAAAGGCAUGAGAGGAUUCACACUGGAGAGAAACCAUAUAAGUGUGCACACUGUGACAAGAGAUUCAAUGAUUCAUCAUCUCUGAAAAUGCAUGAGAGGAUUCACACUGGAGAGAAACAUUAUAAGUGUGCACACUGUGACAAGACAUUCAAUGAUUCAUCAUCUCUGAUAACGCAUGAGAGGAUUCACACUGGAGAGACACAUUAUAAGUGUGCACACUGUGACAAGACAUUCAAUGAUUCUUCAUCUCUGAAAACGCAUAAGAGGAUUCACAUUGGAGAGAAACUUUUUAAUUGUGCACACUGUGACAAGACAUUCAAUGAUUCAUCAUCUCUGAAAACGCAUGAGAGGAUUCACACUGGAGAGAAACAUUAUAAGUGUGCACACUGUGACAAGACAUUCAAUGAUUCAUCAUCUCUGAUAACGCAUGAGAGGAUUCACAUUGGAGAGAAACUUUAUAAGUGUGCACACUGUGACAAGACAUUCAAUGAUUCUUCAUCUCUGAAAACGCAUAAGAGGAUUCACAUUGGAGAGAAACCUUAUAAGUGUGCACACUGUGACAAGACAUUCAAUGAUUCUUCAUCUCUGAAAACACAUGAGAGGAUCCACACUGUAGAGAAACCUUAUAAGUGUUCACACUGCGACAAGAGAUUCAGUAAAUCAUCAGGUCAGAAAAUACAUGAGAGGAUUCACACUGGAGAGAAACCAUAUAAGUGUGCACACUGUGACAAGAGAUUCAGUGAUUCAUCAACUCUGAAAACACAUGAGAGGAUCCACACUGGAGAGAAACCUUAUAAGUGUUCACACUGUGACUGGAGAUUCAGUGUGUCAUCAAGUCUGAAAAUACAUGAGAGGAUUCACACUGGAGAGAAACCAUAUAAGUGUGCACACUGUGACAAGAGAUUCCGUGAUUCAUCAACUCUGAAAGCACAUGAGAGGAUCCACACUGGAGAGAAACCUUAUAAGUGUGCACACUGUGACAAGAGAUUCAGUGAUUCAUCAUAUCUGAAAACACAUGAGAGGAUCCACACUGGAGAGAAACCUUAUAAGUGUUCACACUGUGACAAGAUAUUCAGUGAUUCAUCAAAUCUGAAAACACAUGAGAGGCUCCACACUGGAGAGAAACCUUACAAGUGUUCACACUGUGACAAGAGAUUCAGGGAUUCGACACAUCUGAAAACACAUGAGAGGAUUCACACGAAUGAAACCAAAUAAGUAAAUGGACUGCAUUUAUAUAGCGCUUUCAACAGAUCCCAUGGCAAUCCAAAGCGCUUUACAAGUUGCCUCACAUUUACCCAUUCACUCACUCAAUCAUACACCGACUGCGGUGUCAGCCAUUCAAGGCACCAUCCAGCCUGCCGGGAGCAGCUGGGGUUAGGUGUCUUGCUCAAGGACACGUCGACAUUUGGGGGAACCAGAAACCUGCAGAAUAAAACACGAGGAGCCAGAAACCUGCAGAAUAAAACACGAGGAGCCAGAAACCUGGAGAAUAAAACACGAGGAGCCAGAAACCUGGAGAAUAAAACAA